CGAAGCUCGAUCAAAGCCGAUGACGAAUUCGUGCAGCUCGGACCUGGAAUGGGAGGCCUGCACCAAGUCCACAGCCACCGCUCCAGCAGCGGCAACAACGCGGGCGUGCUAGCCCUCGACCUGCCGCCCACCCGAACAAUGCACUCCUCCUCCACCUCACGCUCCCCCGGCAAGCUGGAACACGCCACGCGCUCUCAGCUCUUCGGCGUGCUCUCCCUGCUGGCCACCGCAUUCCUCUGGGGCUCCUACAGCCCCGUCCUCAAGUUCCUCUUCACCUCCCCCCACCCGCCCAGCGCCGCCCUCAUGACCGCCUGCCAGUCCCUGCUGGCGGCGGUCCUGCUGCUGGCCUCCGCAUCCCUGGGAGGCGGCUGGGGCGGCGGCUCAGCCUCGGCCCUGAGGGGCGGCGUGCGGCUGGGCAGCAGCGGUGGUAGUGGGCCGAGUGGAGUGGCAGCAGCAGCGGUGGCGGGG